AGCCGGGAAACGCCGGCUCCUCGAGCACGCUCAGGGGCGCGAGCCGUUCAUCCUCCCCCCACCCCCCGUGUUCUCAGGGCCAACGGUCGGGGGCAGGAAGCAGCGGGUCAGAUUUCGGGGUCAGGGGACAUUAACUCUUCCGGUGCCUGCGCGCGCACAGGGCGGGUCUGUUGGCGGCAGCGGUUGGCGGCAGAGCUCACCCCGGGACACCCCCUCCCUUGGGAGCUCACCGGUCGGCCCCACCCACCGGUCACGCUGAGCGGGAGGAGCCGGCUCAGCCCGGCCUCCGCCUCCCAUUAGCUGCGCUCCGGCCGCAACUCCCAUUGGGGGCGGGGAGGGCGCCCGUUACCUGCGCCGCGGCGGCCUGGCUGGGGCAGUGGGCGGCGCCCCUCCGGCUCCCAUUCUUCCCGCGGACCGGGAGGAGACAGGAGCGGCAGCGGGCGCAGCUCGGUCUCCCGUGCCAUGCUGUGCCGUGCCCGCCUGACGCUGCUGGCGGCGGCGCUGCUGGCGCUGGGGGUCCCGCGCGGCGGCGGCGCCCGGCUCCUGGAGUGGUACACGGCGUGGGUCAGCACCGCCUACACCGAGCCGCUCGGCAACCGCACGGUGCGGGGCAGCGCCGAGAGCGGCCGCUACGGGGACAGCUCCCCCAAGGAGAGCGCGCAGGGCCUGGUGGGCAUCCCCCGCGGCGCCUCCGCCCGCCACAUGGAGGGCUGCGCCGCGGACACCGACUACGAUGUGCCGCUGCCGCCGGGGAGCCGUGGCCCGCCCAGCGGGGAGCCGCCGCCGCCGCCCUGGAUCGCGCUGGUGGCCCGCGGGGGCUGCACCUUCAAGGACAAAGUCACCAACGCGGCCCGGAAGCGGGCGGUGGCCGUGGUGAUCUACAACGAGCCCCGCUUCGGCAACGCCACCGUCUCCAUGUCCCAUCUCGGAACAGGCAAUACAGUGGUAAUUAUGGUUGGAUAUCCAAAAGGGAUAGAAAUUUUGGAACCAGUACGCAGAGGGAUUCCAGUAAAAAUGACUAUUGGUGUUGGCACAAGACACGUGCAAGAAUAUAUCAGUGGACAGUCAGUUGUGUUUGUAGCCAUCGCUUUUAUCACCAUGAUGAUUAUUUCACUAGCCUGGCUCAUAUUUUACUAUAUACAGCGUUUUCUAUAUACUGGGUCACAAUUUGGAAGCCAGGGCCACAGAAAAGAAACCAAGAAAGUGAUAAAUGAGCUUCAAUUGCAUACUGUGAAGCAUGGAGACAAGGGUUUAGAUGUUGAUGCAGAAAAUUGUGCUGUGUGCAUUGAAAACUAUAAACCGAAAGAUAUUGUCCGAAUUCUGCCAUGCAAGCAUAUCUUUCAUAGGACCUGCAUUGACCCCUGGCUGUUGGACCACAGAACUUGUCCAAUGUGUAAACUAGAUGUCAUCAAAGCUCUGGGAUAUUGGGGUGACCCUGAAGAUGCACUUGAAGUUGCAAUACCUGAAUCGAUAAGUGGCAGUGUAUCAGUAGGAAGUUUGAGUAUAGCUUUACAAGAAGAUGAUAGAAAUGAAGUAAGCGAUUUGUCAGCCUCUUCAACUAAUGAAUCUGUGUUACAGUGUAGCAGUUUAAAAGAGGAUGCAGGUGAAACCACAGCAUUACUUGACAUGGAUGGCAGUGAUAGUCGGCAUGGAGAACAUCUGUCUAAUGGAAAUUCCCACUGAAAAACUUCGUGGAAGACUCUGAUUAGACUGCUUAAAGAACUUUUUAUUUAAUUAGUAUGAACUUUUGCCUAGUUGAUGGAAAAAUAACAAUGUAAUUUAUUUUAUCUUGAGAACUUUUCUAGUUCAUGUUCCAAAAGGGCUAAUAACUAAGAAUUUUGUAUAAAGAGGAUUUUUUAAAACUGAUCUGUCUGAUCCUAUGAAAGAUGCAAUACCUCUGAUAUAAGAAUCAUUACAAUGUCAGUGUGUUCCAGAGGGCUGUAACAAAGAUGUAGACUAGGAUGAGAGAACAGAAUAUAAAAAGUUUAAUGGAUAAAUGUUGGUUACACUGUUUACGGUUAGCAUGUGCAUAAAGCUGAAAGCAUUUACAACACUACAUUUUAUUAAACCGUACUUUAAAAAACAAACUUUACUGUAACUGGAGCUGGAUGUUUAAGAAGCAUGCAAAUAGAUUGUGAAAAUAUCAAAUUUCUUUGAUAUUACAUGGCAUCUUCCACUCUUCCCACCACUGGAUGAAAAAUAAUUGAUGGCAAUUUUCUUAAUAUCAUUGGUUCUUAGUGUUUUCCAACUCAGAGCUGAGUACUUAAAUUUUUCCAUCUCGUUAACUUCUACUAGUAACAGUUGACUUCAGUGUCUUUUCUGGAUAGUUUUAACAUGAUGUGCGUGUUGACUUAUCUAGCAUUCAUGUCAAUUACCUCUCUCUCAAUGUUUAACUCAGUAAAACAGAGUAGAAAAGGGCUAUUAUGGCUAGGGAAUUUAUUUCUGUUUUAGACUUCCCUCUUACACUCUUGCCUCCAUUUCUAUGUGCACAAGUUGGGAUCCCUUCUUAAGAUCUUUUUAUGAAGCUAGGGGGUCUUUGCUUUUGUCCUAUAGCCAAAAGAAAUUUCCUAGUUUAUUUCCCAUUAUGACUUUGACUGGGGUUGUCAUUAGAUUUUUUCCUUUGCUAGAUUAGCAGUAUUGUGCCUUAGUUGAUUUUAAUUUUUGUAAAAAAGCACUUAUUAAACCCAAAGCAUCAGAGAUGAAAUAUCAACCCCUGCUUCUUUUUGACCUCCUGUUCAGAUAGUUACAUAUGAUAUAGUAUAAGGAAAUGCUAAAUUGUUUUGUAAAGAACUAUGUAUAUUUACAGUACUGUAUACAUUUUAAUAGUGUUGAAUUCCUAGGCUUUUAGUACUGCCAUGUCACAAAUGAAUGUAUAUGGUACAUUCCUCAGACUUUUUGUAAAGGUUGCCAGACAUUUGUUGAAAUGCACUUUGUUUCUAAAACAAUGUGUAUUUGAAGUGUUUUUAAGAAAAUGAAAAUAUGCAAUCCUUUUCUAAUUUGUAUUGUGCUUCAAUUGGAGCAGUAAUUUUAUUUUAGAAUGAAUGUUCCAGAAAUGAAGGGGUUUUCAACUGGGAAAAAAAUUGAGCAUUUACUUUACCAAACAGUUCAUCAAAUAUUUGUGUUUUCAAAAUAUCCUUAGUAGUGAUAACUUAAGAUCUGCCUCUUUCUUUCCCAGUAGGCGUGCCCCCCGGUUAAAUUUCAUGGAAUAAUUGUCAGGGCAUAGUUCUCUCAUUUCACCAGCAGGUGCAACUUUUGUGAUGCCUCUAUCUGAUGAGAAGCACACGGGGAAGUGGAGUAUUUAAUAACUGACAUCCCCAUCUCCAAACAAUUGUGAUGCAUAGGAACCAGUAUGCCUCCAGAGCAAGUUCAUCUCUACUUCCAGGACUGCCUUUUUAAUUUACUCUUUCAUAUAGCAACUGAGUCUUCUCCCUCUUCCUUAACACAAAGUUGAACAUUCUUGGUGGAUAAAUGUCAAGAGGGUCACAACUCCAGCUCGUUAGUCAGGAGCCUGUAGGAAGUUAUCAGAGACAUUGUGAGUCUCCAGAUGAUGUUGCAGAUAUCAGCAAGACAUGGCAUCCACAUUGGAGGGAGCAUUGUGGGAUCAGGAAGAAAAUACAAAAUCAUUACUGGUAAAAUUUUCAGGUGACACAAAUUGGUGGAGUGGUAACUGGCCAUUAUACAAAUGUGGAUCACACGGUGACAUGGUGUGACAAUUCUGGAACUGGAACUAUAAAAGAUCCACAUAAGUCAAGUUAAUGUUUUCAUGUAUUCAAAUUGGAUACUGAACUCUAGUCUUGGAUAACUUGCCAUGUGGCAAAAUUUUGACCUGAGAUUGUUUAAAGUAGGAUGUUUUUGUGAUUGCUUGCAUGUAUCUGUGUAAAGGAAUUCAACACAC